UUCAAUCUUCAUUGGCUAGCGAGCUCAGAGGCGGGGUUCCGCAGUCGCCCGGACAUGGCGGACGGUGGAGGCUGGCGGCCGCCGCGCCCCUGCGAAGUCUACCGCGCGGAGUGGAAGCUCUGCCGCAGCGCCAGACACUUCCUGCACCACUACUACGUCCACGGCGAACGGCCGGCCUGCGAGCAGUGGCGGCGCGACCUGGCCAGCUGCCGGGAGUGGGAGGAGCGCCGGAGCGCGGAGGCCCAGCGGUCCCUCUGUGAGAGCGAACGUGCAAGAGUCCAGGCUACACGGAAGCACACCCUGGUGUGGGCCUUGAGGCAGAGCCCUCCUGCAGACUGGCACCUCCCUCUACCACAGGAGGAGAAAGACCAGUGAUGAACACUCCGGAAUGGCUUCCUCUCAUCUGUUUCAAGUGGGGCUGUCGCAGGACCCUAAGGACAGUGACCAGCUCAGUCUAAGACCACUUCUUCAGAAGCAGAGCUCUCCUCUCACUCUCCUCAAAGGGAAGCUCCACAGGAGGCCGCUGUCUGGGAACACACAAAUCCAAAGGUGUAAAGCUGGGAAGCACCGAUCUCACUGGCACG